AUGUCCACAAUUCCGCGUUUUAACAUUCAAACAUCUGCUGGUAGCAAACUUCACGACAGUGUCGCAAAACAUGAUGCAACGUUACUCAUGGAAACCAAAGAAACGAGCUCGCGGACGGAGUUUUGUUUACACUCGUGGGGAGCUAACAGCUACGGGCAGCUGGGACAGGGACAUGUGGAGGACUUGUCGGAGCCCCGGCUGUCUGACAGCACUGCUCUGCUAAACCGUGCCGUGCGGACUCUGUGCGGCGGUGGAGGUCACUCCGUGCUCAUCACCGAGAAUGGAGAGGUGCUUGUGUGCGGACAGAACCACAGAGGCCAGCUGGGACUUGGUCACAAUGCAGACAUCUCAACUCUUCAGCUCUGUCCCAGCCUGAGUCAGAGGGUCACAAAAGUAGCCUGUGGUUGGGAUUUUACUCUUCUUCUAACUGACUGUGGUCGAGUUCUGGCAUGUGGCUCCAAUGCAUUUGGACAACUAGGUGUUGGACAAACAGUCAAACACUCUGCUGAUCUGCUAGAUGUUGAGAGUCUAAAGGAGCCAGCGGUGAGUGUAGCAGCAGGACUCAGACACUCACUAGCUGUUACUGACUCAGGCUGCGUAUAUCAGUGGGGAAGUGGCCUUUACAGUCACGCUAAGAGAGCACUCAGUCCACACCCUGUCCCAACACACCUCAGCUCUGCGGUGCCAUCGCUGGUUCCAGGUCUGGAUCAGAAGACCUCACACAUGGUAGCUGCAGGCUCAGCGCACUGUGUGUGCCUUACAGGAGAUGGCGAUUUGCUUCUGUGGGGGAGCAACAAGCAUGGCCAGCUGACCACCACAGAGCCCUUCCUGUCCGCUCCCACUCUUGUGAAGCGCUCCCUGGUGGGUGGAGAGAAAGUUAUCUACGUGUGGAGCGGCUGGACGCAUAUAGUCGCUCAAACAGAGAGCGGGAGAGUGUUAACAUGGGGGAGAGGAGAUUAUGGACAGCUGGGCCGACACGCAGCAACCAGUCAGAACCCAGAGCGGCAGUCAACUGGUCCUCGAGCAGAAGGUGGAAAUCAUAAGGCUUGCCUCCCUGCAGAGGUUAAAGUCCUCCAUGGAGCGACACAGAUUGCAUGCGGAUCUGAGCAUAACCUUGCCAUUGUAGGGGGGUGUCUCCUCUCCUGGGGCUGGAACGAACAUGGGAUGUGUGGAGACGGUUCACAAAGCAACAUCUUUCAGCCGCAGCUUGUUUCUGGUCUCAGACCUCUCCUCAUUGGCUGUGGAGCCGGACACUCAAUGGCAGUUUGCGUUUCAACCACUGACUCAAGACUGAAUCUCUACAAUGACACAGUUACAGCGGAACAGGAGCAUUUAAUCAGCAUAAGGCGAUCGGAGACAAGAGAAACACAAGGACUGACUGAUUGAGUGUCUUAUUGGUGCUUUGCAUAUAAGUGCCUUUGAAUAUACAAUAACUUUCACUUUUUAAUUGACUUCCUGAGCUCCUUGAAAAGAUCAAGCUCUAAACUGCUGUCGUCAUAAAUACUGUGGUGUGUUUGGACACAGGCUGAGUUAUGUUCCAUGCGGACAGAGGCCAUCAUUUCUCUGACCAGCCCAUCACUUUGAUGGACAUGACUGGGGCCAGUGGCUCUGCAAGACAUGGCCAUGCCUACGGCUGCUGGUCCACCUGCCAUGUUUGUCGUCCUGAAUGUAGCCGCUAUGGAUCAUGUGAGGGAUGGACCAGACUGGUGCUAUAGCUCCAUCCAUGUCAGCUGUUUUAUUGCUGUGAUCUUGAGUGUCAGGAGGCAGUCAAUCUCUGCACUUCAUACAGUUGAUUUACCACGUAGACAUGCAGUAUUUUUUCUUUGGCAACUGUCCAUCACUUAUUUAUAUUCUUGGCAGUCUGUGUCAUAUUCUUUGAUGUCCUGUUUGCUCAUUUGCACCACUUUUUGCACUGUAUACUUCAUUAAUCCCUCUUGGGGGAAGUUCGCCCGCUGCAUUUGACCCAACCUACAUAUUUAUAAGCUGUGGGCGGCCGCAGUGCAGCACCAGGGACCAACUGCAGGUCUGAAGUCUGUGCUACGGUCAAGGGCGAAGGCAGGACUCAUAAUUGCUUACUCAUGCAAUUUAUUCACUCUUUUUAAUUUAAAAGUUUUAUUUUAUCUGUAUGAUUUAUGCAAAUUAAACAAUAAAAGAACAAAAAAAUCACUGAAAUUAUGCAUCAGUGAAAGUUAAGUUAAUGUUAUAGCUGGAUUAGUUUGAAAAAAAUAAAUGAGCACUCGUUGAAAAAUUGAUCAUUUCUGUGUUUUUUUUAUUUAUCACUAUUUAUUGUACAAGCCUGAACUGUAUUGGUCAAAAAAGACACAAAAAAUCCCUAAACAACAAACCAAUCAAAGCGAUCACUGAACACCUUAUUGAGAUAACUAACCACAAAAUGCACGGUGUUCAAAACACACACACUCUGAAGUCUCACUAAACGGCACCUUUAGUUGCCUCUUAGUUGUGUUUUUUUUUCCGUUUUGUAACAGCUGCUGUUAUUGUUGUUUAUUCCGUGUCGGACAAUGACCAGCACACUGUCCCCCCUUAUUUGUGCUCAGCUCUGAUGGCAGAUUCUGAUCUGCUGUACCUGACUGCACACAGAUCUCAGUAGGUUGUUGGCAGUGUGUUUGCAGUUGUUUGGUAAAAAGUUGGUCCCUUUCCACUAACUUUUCCACACAAACAAUGAAGCGGUAGACUGCAGUCAAUAGCUCUCCUUUCUGUUUUUAAUUAGGUACGCUCAUUACUUGCCUUCAGAAGCUGAUCCCUACGGGGGUCCGUAUUGUAUCUGUGUGCUUAUUGACUGGUGCUUGUUUUCAAUGGCUGGUGACUCAUGACUAAUUUGAAAUAAAAUAUGUGUUAAGCUAUACUCCUGAAUGGUUAGAAGAAUUUGCAUAACAGAGGCACUUGUCCAGUGUGUAAUGUUUUGGCAUUGGUUAGUAAUACAUGUUAAUACGUCAGUUUACAAAUGUGCAGAAAAAAAUAAUCAAUUCUACAUGAUUGUCAAUUAAAAAUAUACUA